AGAUUGCUUUCUUAGUUGUUAUCUAAAGCAAUAUGUCAGAAACAGCGGGUAUAUCGCAAGGAUUAGGAAAUCCUUACAAAAUUGUUGACCAUGCCAGAGAAAAACGAAAGGGAAUCACAGCUUCUUCCCUAAAAGAAUUAACUAGUAUUGCAAGGAGUCGCUUGUCUUUGCCUUUGGAUGCAGAACUUACAAUUGUUCUAGAACAAGAUGGAACGGAAGUAGACGAUGAAGAAUACUUUGCAACACUAGAAAGAAACACCAGUUUAAUGGUUCUCUAUGGAGAACAAAAGUGGGUAGCAGCAGGAAGCAGUAAAGCUGCUUCUCGUUAUAUUGUUGUUGAUGAUGUAGAUAAUAUAGAAGGUGGACAAAGAGAUGAAGUUAGAAGACGUCGGCCUCCAAUAGAGCCAUUAGUUUCAUCAUUGCAUGGUGAUCCAUCUCAUAUAUCAUUACUUGGUGGAAAUGAUUUAGAAUUACUUAGCGAUAUGGACCCAGACAGCUUAGCUGAUAUAGUGCCUGACAGAAUCUUCUUAGAACAAUUAAAAGAAGCCUCAGGCAGGUUUUUGGCCGAGAAACGACAAGCACAAGAAUCAAUGGCACUUCUUCAGAUGUAUGCAAGCAGUGGUGAGAUGGAGCGAGCGUAGGCCAUGUGGGGGGUGGGCGCCCUCACAUUGGCUAAUAUGUAUCGAGUGCGACGUCGCAUAUUUUAUAAAGGUCGCCAAUUACAACAAACCUUAAUCCUUUUCUGGAAUUGAGCCCAUCAUGUUUAUAGCAUAACAGUUUAUUGUGCCAUCUUUUACCAUCACGUUAUUCACAAAAAUUGAAUACUUACAUUGUCCAUGAAAACUUAAAAAUUCUUCUAUGCAGAAUUUUGAGUAAUGCAAUGGCAAAGAGACAUGUACAGAAACUAAAUUUCCAUCUUUCACCGAUGGCUAAAAAUUAUUUCCGAAAUGUUUGCAAGUAUUUAUUAAAUAUAUGAACCUUUAAAUUUAUUAGCAGAAAAAAAGUGUAUUAAAAGUUGAUGCUUGUCCAUAUUAUAAUUUUAUACAAUAAGAAUAUCUAAUUGUAUUUUUUGUUAAUAGUAAUUUGUUUUCUAGUCUUUUUGUUUUGUACGAAUCAGUGGUAUAUAUAUGCCAGUUUAAUGCUGUUUUGUAGAAUUUGGUAUAAGGAAUUGCUUCACUGCAAAAUGAGGUCUUAUAUACAUAUGCAUAGUUGUACACAUGCAAUUUAACUAUUAAAUAAUCUAAAUGUACUACAUACAAAAAUUAUAUAGGAAUAUCAUGUCACAGAAAACAUUCCGUCACGAUGUUGUCAUAUCAGUAUUACUAGAAAGACGACCUGUUUGAUUUACGAAGUUUUGUAUGUAGAAAUAUUAUACCAAGCUUUAGUUCAACGAAGAUUGAUGAAAUGUUUAAGACUGAAUUUAUAGAGAAAGAGUGCAUCCCCAUUACAAUCACCAAUUCAUUGAACACUAAAUUUAGUACUGUAGUAGAUAAAAAACAAUAUCAGCUCUUUGAUACCGAAGUUAUGCGUUUGAUAAAAAAAAUUGCAGGAAAAAAAA